AUGGCGUUUUGUGAUCAAGAGAAAAAUGAAGCAUCGACAAAGAUUCCAAUGUCAGAGGAGAUGCCUUCUAGUUUCUCCAAUGCUUACAUCAGUGGCAUGCAUUUUGAUGUAAAGCCAUCUUUAGAUAGUAGAUCACUUUGGAAAACAUGUUAUGUUUUUCGAGAAGGAAGAAAAAGUGUAAAGAUGACUUUCCAGGGCAAAGUUUACAACUUUUUAGAAAGACCAACUGGGUGGAAAUGUUUUAUUUAUCACUUUACUGUAUUUCUAGUUGUGCUCAUUUGCCUAAUAUUUAGUGUGCUCUCAACAAUUGAUCAGUAUACAGAUUUUGCCAUUGAAACAUUGUUCUGGAUGGAAACUGUAUUAGUGGUAUUUUUUGGAGUUGAGUAUUUGAUACGCCUUUGGGCUGCUGGUUGCCGCAGCAAAUAUAUGGGGAUAACUGGUCGUUUGAGAUUUGCGAGAAAACCAAUAUCUAUAAUUGAUCUCAUUGUGGUUGUUGCAUCUGUUUUAGUUUUAGCUGUUGGAUCAAAUGGUCAGGUCUUUGCUACUUCAGCCAUUAGAGGAAUACGGUUUCUCCAGAUACUGCGCAUGCUUCAUGUUGACCGCCAGGGUGGAACAUGGCGUCUACUUGGGUCUGUUGUCUUUGUCCAUAGACAGGAACUGAUAACAACUUUGUACAUAGGAUUUUUAGGUUUGAUUUUCUCUUCAUAUUUUAUGUAUUUGGCUGAAAAAGAAGAUGUAGGUAUUGUAGGAAAAUCGGAUUUUACUAGCUACGCUGAUGCCUUAUGGUGGGGAGUAAUAACUGUUACUACUAUUGGUUAUGGUGAUACUGUACCUAAAACCUGGAUGGGGAAAAUUGUAGCAUCCUGUUUUUCAGUCUUUGCUAUUUCCUUUUUUGCAUUACCAGCUGGUAUUUUAGGUUCUGGAUUUGCUUUAAAAGUUCAGCAAAAGCAGCGUCAGAAGCAUUUUAAUCGACAAAUUCCUGCUGCUGCAACAUUGAUCCAGUGCUUAUGGAGGUGCUAUGCGGCAGAUAAAUCUUUCAUGUCUGUUGCAACUUGGAAAAUACAUAUCAAAGACUCUGGUCUUAAUUCCUCCAGUGCAAACACAUCUCUAAGUAAGGUGGCUAAAAAAGCCAGUGUAUUGAAAAGAAGAAAAUCCAAAUCAAAAAUUGAUGUCCCACUGAGCAGCAGUAACACUGAAAUUUCAAGUCAGCAACGAGAAAGUGACAGUGAAGCAUUCAUUAAUGAAGAAGGCAAAUCAGGUAUGUGGCAUGUUCCAAGUUUCUGUAGCAAAGAUUCCAGAUCACAUAGUACUUCUACUCAAGCACAAUCAUAUCAAAGUAAUGAUGUUGGUUCAGACGAAAUUGAAAUUGAUAUUGAUGAUCCUCCAAUGUUAACUGCGCUUACUGAUGCACACAAAAAUGCAAUUCGAGCCAUAAGAAAAAUAAAGUAUUUUGUUGCUCGCAGAAAAUUUCAGCAAGCACGUAAACCAUAUGAUGUAAGAGAUGUCAUUGAACAGUAUUCCCAAGGGCACUUGAACAUGAUGGUUAGAAUAAAAGAGUUGCAAAGAAGGUUAGAUCAUACCUUAGGAAAACCUGGAUCUUAUUUAACUGAAAAGGGAAUGAAACCAAUGACUAUUGGUGCUCGCCUUCAUCGAAUGGAACAACAGCUCCUAAAUAUGGAUCGGAAAAUGGAUGUAGUGCUUUGCACACUAAAUGUAUUGGUAGAACAGUUGAACAAUGAAAAAGAAACUGCUGAGCAUGAUGUAUGA